CGUCUCCUGAGUGCAUGGAUUAAAUGAGGUUCGGGGCUGCCCAGGGCCCUGGUCUGAUUUCCGGGCAGGAUUCAGAUCUCAGCCACACUGGAGUCAGACCGGAGUCACUGCUGGCUCUGGCAGGGGGUGAGUGCAGGCUGAGGAAUCAAGUCCACGUUUCGCUCCAAAUUGUCCCGUCUUCCAGGGGACAGGGAAGGGAAAUGGCUGUGAUGGGGCCAGCUCAGAUGCCGGUGACCUUCGAGGAGGUGGCUGUGUAUUUCACCAAGGGGCAAGGGGCUCUGCUGGACCCCGCUCAGAGAGCCCUCUACCAGGACGUCAUGCAGGAGAACUAUGAGACGGUGACCUCACUGGGCUUCCCCAUUCCCAAACCUGACCUGAUCGCCCGGCUGGAACGAGGGGAAGAGCCGUGGGUCCCGGAUCUCCAGACCGACAAGGAAAGGGAGAGCCCGAGAGAUACCCACACAGCAGGUGAUAGGACAGUGAGUGAGAACAAAGAGGAGAAUCAGCAGCAGGAUGUUCCUGAGCAAGUGGACCCGCAGGAGACGUUUUUGAGAAGAGCUGAAAGGAAUUUUUCCCAGUGCUUAGAACAGGGAAAUUGGUGCAGGUCAGAGAGGCAGCUGAGAAACUGCUUCAUUUCUUGGGCUGAUGAAUCCAUUCAAUAUGGGGGAGGAUGCAAAGAUCUCAAGGAAACCACAGCCCCACAGACAUAUCACCAGGAAGAGAAAUCCUAUAAACGACUAGAGAGUAGGAAAAGGUUCAAUGUGAGUAGAAAGCUUGUUAAAUGUCGGAGAAACCACUCAGGCGAGAAACCCUAUACAUGCUUGGACUGUGGGAAAACCUUCAGUAAGAGCUCAGACCUUAUUAAGCAUGGCAGAAUGCACACAGGGGAGCGACCUUAUAAAUGCCUGGACUGUGGAAAAACCUUCACUCAGAGCUCACACCUUAUUACACACCAGAGGCUGCACACAGGAGAGACACCUUAUAAAUGCCUUGAGUGCGGGAAAGGAUUCAACGUGAGAUCAAACCUUAUUAAACAUCAGCAAAACCACAAGGGAGGGAAACCCCAUAUUUGUUUGGAUUGCGGGAAAUGUUUCAAUCACAGCUCAUACCUUAUUACGCAUCAGAGACUGCACACGGGAGAGAGACCCUAUAAGUGUUUUGAGUGUGGGAAAAGUUUCAAUCAGAGCUCUAGUCUUAUCACGCAUCUGAGAACCCACACGGGAGAUAAACCCUAUCAGUGCCUCGACUGUGGGAAAAGCUUCAAUGUGAGAUCACAACUUAUUAUUCAUCAGAGAAUUCACACGGGAGAGAGACCUCAUAAAUGCUUGGACUGUGGCAAAAGCUUCAGUCACAGUUCACACCUUACUAAACAUCGGCGAAUUCACACAGGAGAGAGACCCUAUAAAUGUCUUGAGUGUGGGAAAACUUUCAAUCAGAGCUCACACCUUAUUAUGCAUCAGAGAACCCACACGGGAGAGAGACAUUAUAAGUGCCUCGAAUGUGGGAAAAGUUUUGUUCGGCGAUCAGCCCUUAUUACACAUCAGAGAAUCCAUACGGGAGAGAAACCCCAUACAUGUUUGGACUGUGGGAAAAGUUUUAGUCAGAGAUCAGCCCUUAUUAGACAUCAGAGAAUCCAUACAGGAGAGAAACCUCACACGUGCCUCAACUGUGGGAAAAGAUUCAUUCAGAGAUCACACCUUAUCACACAUCAGACAAUCCACAUGGGAGAGAAAAUCCAUAAAUGUUUGGACUGUGGGAAAAGCUUCAAUAACAGCUCCUACCUCACCAAACAUCAGAGAAUCCACAAGGGUGAGAUACAGGUAAUGGAUACCUUUCAGAGGCUGCCACCACAGACUGAGGCCUCACUACCCGGGGCCCAGGUCUCUCAAGAACCAGAGAUUCUGUUGCUGGCCAAGUUAGACAGCGACCGCAGGAAAUUUCACGGCUUCCUGAAUCAGAAAAAUAUUGAACCUGGAGCCAAUCCUAAAUGGGCAGAGCACCAAGAUGACCUGAACCAGGCCGGCCGGAGCUUUGCCGCUGACAUCCAGGCUCUGGAUGGGGACCAGCACUCAGUGCCCACAUGGGGGAGCCAGCUGGGGGAGGGAGCCCAGAGCGUCUGUCUGCAGGGAGAGAGCCUGGGGGGAAUUGGGGUUGACGUGAACUCAAGCCCUUUCUGUAACCUCCCCUCUCGCCCUGACAGGCUGAGGAAUCACGUCCACGUUUUGCUCCAAAUCGUCCCGUCUUCCAGGGGACAGGGAAGGGAAAUAAUGGCUGUGAUGGAGCCAGCUCAGAUGCCGGUGACCUUCGAGGAGGUGGCUGUGUAUUUCACUGAGGGGCAGGGGGCUCUGCUGGACCCCACUCAGAGAGCCCUCUACCGGAACGUCAUGCAGGAGAACUACGAGACAGUGACCUCACUGGGAUUCCCCAUUCCCAAACCUGAGCUGAUCGCCCGGCUGGAAGGAGGGGAGGAGCCUUGGGUCCCAGAUCUCCAGGCUGCCAAGGAAAGGGAGAGCCUGAGAGGCACCCACACAGGCAGUGACUACUGGGUUCUCUCUCUCCCAGUAGGUGAUAGGUCAGUGAGUGAGAACAAGGAGGAGAAUCAGCAGCAAGAAGGUCCUGGGAAAGUGGAACCGCAGGAGAUGUUUUUGAAAAGAGCUGAAUUGAAUUUUUCCCAGGGAUUGGAACAGGGAAAAGCCUGGGGAGUUCGACACAUAUCAGAUAUGCAGCUGGGAAAUUAUCCGAGGAGGAAACUGGAUGAAUCCAUUCAAUAUGGGGCAGCAUGCAAAGAUCCCAAGGAAACCACAGCCCCACAGACAUAUCACAGGGAAGAGAAACCCUGUACGCUUCUAGAGAGUAAGGAAAGAUUCAAUGUGAGUAGAAACCUUGUUACACUUCAGAGAAACCACUCAGCUGAGAAACCGUAUAAAUGCUUGAACUGUGGAAAAACCUUCAGUAAGAGCUCAGACCUUAUUAAACAUGGCAGAAUGCACAUGGGGGAGCGAUCUUAUAAAUGCUUGGACUGUGGGAAAGCCUUCAUUCAGAGCUCAGACCUUAUUACGCACCAGAGGGUGCACACAGGAGAGAGACCUUAUAAAUGCCUUGAGUGUGGGAAAAGAUUCAACGUGAGAUCAAACCUUAUUAAACAUCAGCAAAAUCACACGGGAGGGAAACCCCAUAUUUGUUUGGAUUGCGGGAAAUGUUUCAAUCACAGCUCCUACCUUAUUAAGCAUCAGAGAUUGCACACGGGAGAGAGACCCUAUAAAUGUCUUGCGUGUGGGAAAAGCUUCAGUCACAGUGCACACCUUAUUAAACAUCGCCGAAUUCACACAGGAGAGAGACCGUAUAAAUGUCUUGAAUGCAGGAAAAGUUUCAAUCAGAGCUCACACCUUAUUAUACAUCAGAGAACGCACACGGGACAAAAACCCCAUACAUGUUUGGAGUGUGGGAAAAGUUUUAGUCAGAGAUCAGCCCUUCUUAGACAUCAGAGAAUCCAUACAGGAGAGAAACCCUAUACGUGUUUGGAAUGUGGGAAAAGUUUUAGUCAGAGAUCAGCCCUUCUUAGACAUCAGAAAAUCCAUACGGGAGAGAAACCUCAUACAUGUUUGGACUGUGGGAAAAGAUUCAUUCAGAAAUCACACCUUAUUAUGCAUCAGACAAUCCACAAGGGAGAAAAAACCCAUAAAUGUUUGGACUGUGGGAAAAGCUUCAGUAACAACUCAUACCUCACUAAACAUCGGAGAAUCCACAAGAGUGAGAUACCCUAGAAAUACGCCAAUGGUGGGAAUAGAUUCAGUGGGAACUCACGCAUCAGAGAAUUCCCACAAGAAGGAAAGAUUUUUGACUUUUAAAAAGACCUUUAAUAAAAUCGGUACGUGAAACACAGUGAAAACAAGAAAA